AAAGAGAGAAGACGCAGGGGAAGAUGUGGCUGAAGCUAUUCUUCCUGCUCCUCUAUUUUCUGGUCCUGUUCGUCCUGGCCAGGUUUUUUGAGGCCAUUGUGUGGUAUGAAACUGGCAUCUUGGCCACCCAGCUGGUGGAUCCGGUGGCGCUGAGCUUCAAGAAGCUGAAGACCAUUCUGGAGUGCCGGGGGUUGGGAUAUUCAGGGCUGCCCGAGAAGAAGGAUGUCCGGGAGCUGGUGGAGAAGUCAGGUGACUUGAUGGAAGGUGAGCUCUAUUCUGCCCUCAAGGAAGAAGAAGCAUCUGAAUCCGUUUCUAGUACCAAUUUCAGUGGUGAAAUGCACUUCUAUGAGCUUGUAGAAGACACAAAGGAUGGCAUCUGGCUGGUUCAGGUCAAUGAAUGGUCAUUGAAGAUAAGAAAGGAAAUGAGAGUUGUUGACAGGCAAAUAAGAGAUAUCCAAAGAGAAGAAGAAAAAGUGAAACGGUCAGUGAAAGAUGCUGCCAAGAAGGGUCAGAAGGACGUCUGUGUGGUUCUAGCCAAGGAGAUGAUCAGGUCAAGGAAGGCUGUGAGCAAGCUCUACGCUUCCAAAGCGCACAUGAACUCCGUGCUCAUGGGGAUGAAGAACCAGCUGGCGGUUUUGCGAGUGGCUGGUUCCCUGCAGAAGAGCACAGAAGUGAUGAAGGCCAUGCAGAGUCUCGUGAAGAUCCCAGAAAUCCAGGCCACCAUGAGGGAGCUGUCCAAAGAGAUGAUGAAGGCUGGUAUCAUAGAAGAAAUGUUAGAGGACACUUUUGAAAGCAUGGAUGAUCAGGAAGAAAUGGAAGAAGCAGCAGAAAUGGAAAUUGAUAAAAUUCUUUUUGAAAUCACAGCAGGGGCAUUGGGCAAAGCACCUAGUAAAGUAACCGACGCCCUUCCAGAGCCAGAACCUCCAGGAGCCAUGGCAGCAUCAGAAGACGAGGAGGAGGAGGAGGAGGCCCUGGAGGCCAUGCAGUCCCGGCUGGCCACACUCCGCAGCUAGGGGCCGCCCCGCCGGGCCCUCACGCUCCUUCCCUGCCCGCCUGCCAGGAGCCGGCACACUCCUCUGAAGCGGCCACCAUUUUAUGUGUCUCUUGCACUACACCUCUGAACGAGCACUGCGUUCUGAGAAGGUUCUCUGCUCAUAUCUCUCCAUCUUGCCGAGGUUUUGGGAUCUCAACGGGUUUGUCCUUGAGAGGCGGGGUUAUAAAUGCAUCAUUUUCACGGGUAUACAUAGAAGUAUCUUGUGGGGGGGCAAAGGAAUCGGUCUUCUCGCAGUGCAUCAUCUUCAGGAAUAUAAACAGAAGUUUCUUUUGGAGGAAAGGGCAAAGGAAUCUGUCUCUCCAGAAGCACUUCGGAAAUUAGAAUUGAUUGCCUGAAUGUUGAGAACUCUUACCUUUUUUGUCCCUAAAACACUAUAUAAAGUGGAUUUUAAUAAAUUUCUGCAUUAACACUUGGUCUCAUCGUAGAUUGUCAUGUGCAGUCAAUUUUCAAGGUGUUUGCAGUCUCAAAUUAUAUGUUGACCUUGGAAAGAGAGGAGGUGCUAUAGCCAGUCGUAUGGGACGUGGGAACUCAGCACGAGAGGCUUCUGCUCCGAGGAUGCUAUUCCCCAGCCUUCACAGAUGUGGUGUGGAGCCACACUUCUGCUUUGUCAUCUGUUUAACCAAAAGGAUCCUCAAGAAGGGUAACUCCUUGUCCUGUUGGCUGGAUGUGUGUACUGUGUCCUGACAGGUGUGUGUAUGUAGGUUUCAUUGCCCUCCUUCCCAGUGCAAGCUAGACCCAGAACAGACAGCUGUGAGAGCAGGAUUCUCUCAUUCUCUAAUCACUUUUCUCUGCUGUUGCUGCUGCUGUUCAGCUCACUUGGGUAAAUACCAAGGAGCACAGUUGCUGGAUCACUGGUAAGACUGUCUGCUUUUCUAAGAAACUGCCAAACUGGCUUCCAAAGUGGCUGUACCGUUCUGCUUUCCCACCAGCCAUGACUCGGUUCCUAAUCCUCACAUCCUUGGGAGUAGUUGAUGUUAUCAGUGUUUUGGCUCUUGACCAUUCUAACAGGUAUGUAGUAGUAUCUCACUGUUGUUUUAAUUUGCAAUUCCCUAUGCAAAUUAUGAUGCUAGAACAUUUUUUCAUAUGCUUUUUUUUUUGGUCAUCUGUGUAUCUUUCCUGGUGAGGUGUUUAGGCCUUUUGCCCAUUUUUAAUUGAGUGGUUCAUUUUCUUAUUGUUGAGUUUGAAGAGUCCUUUGCAUACUCUGGUAACACUCCUUUCUCACAUGUGUUUUUUAUUUUGAAUAUUUUCUCCCACCUGUGGCUUGUCUUCUCACUCCUUCCUAUUGUCUUUCACAGACCAGUUUCAAAUUUAAAUGAAAUCCAGCUUCCCAAUGAUUUCUUUCAUGAUCAUGCCUUUGGUGUUAGAUCUUAUGUCAUGGUCAUACCCAUGGUCUUCUAUGUUCUCUUCGGGGAAUUUUGUGUUUUGCAUUUAGGUUUUGACCCAUUUUGAUUUAAUUCUUGUGAAGUGUGUAAGGUCUGUGCGUAUAUUCUUUUUUUGCAUGUGGGAUGUCCAGUUCCAGCAUGAUUUGCUGGAAAGACAAUCUUUGCUGCAUUGUAUUGUCCUUACUCCUUUUUCAAAGAUCAAAAGAUCAGUUGACUGUACUUAUGUGGGCCUGUUUCAGGCUCUCGGUUCUAUUCCUUUGAUGUGUCUGCCUCCUUUCACCAAUACCACCCUGUCUUAAUUGCUGUAUCUUUAUAGUAAGUCUUGAAGUCAGAUAGCAUCAGUCCCUCAACUUGUUCAUCAGUAUUGUGUUGGCUAUUCUGGGUCUUUUGCCUCUUCAUAUAAAUUUUAGAAUUCACUUGUCAAUAUCCACAAACUAACUUGCUGUGAUUUCAAUUGGGAUUGCUUUGAAUCUGUAAAUCAACUUGAGAAGAACAGACAUAUUGACAGGAUAUAGUUUCACGAUUGCAUUUAUCUGGCUAGUUUAUUCACAGAAUGAUAAUGGAAUUAAGGGAUGCUCAUAAUCCCUGAACAUUUUUGUCUUACGUGGAUAAUCAAAAUUUAUUCAGGUGGAUGGAUGGACAGAAUAUUUAUAGUCACUCUUCCAACCAUUCAAAUAAAAUGAUCUAAAUGUA